CCGAGCCCUUCUUUGUGAAUCCCUAACGCUUCUCAUCAGUGUGUCUGGCUGAGUGGAAGAGGAGGAUAAAGUGUAGCUAUUUCAUUGUAAAAUGUCUAAAGUUCAAACGCUGAGAGAUUUGGUUACUCGGAGACAAAGUGCGGCUGCUGAGGAGAUAUUGGAGCUGUUUCAGAGAACCAGAGCAGAGAGCCGAGAUCUUUGUUAUUCCACUGAGGAGGUCCAUCGCCACAAACUGAUGGCGGAAGAGUUGACUGCUUCAGCAUUUUCACUCGGACUAGAAGUCCAUCAUCUGAUCUUCAGUGAACAGGUUCCCUGUGAGCAGCAGGAGUGGAGCCUCAGUGUGAACAACGAGGACCCAAAACUCCCACACAUCAAAGAGGAACAGGAGGAAUUCAGGUGUGGUCAUGAAGGAGAGCAGCUUCAACGACCAGAGGAAGCUGAUAUCAAUAAGUUCCCGUUCACUGCUGUGACUGUGAAGAGUGAAGAUGAGGUUGAGAACGCUCGGUCUUCACAGCUCCAGCAAAGGCAGAAGGAUCAACAGAUGAAAAAAGAAGCUGAUGAGGACUGUGGAAGACCAGAACCAGCCAGGAGGCUGAGGGUGUUGGUGAAGCAGCGACUGACUGCAGCUGUUGAAGAGAUAUUCGGGAUGUUUGAGACAAUGUUAGCAGAGUACAAGGAGGAGAUCCAAGGUCUACAUAAGCUUCUGGAAGGGUCUGUGAAGAGUGAUGACGAAGUCAACAAAGCAGAAACAACAUGUCUGCCGUCUCCACCCCUGCUGUCCUCACCAACCAGCGCUCCAUCUGGACCCUACGUCUGGAGGGUGUUUGUGCUGGACCACAAGAGGUGGCCGGCCCCUAUGAAGGCAGCCAUCGACGACCUGCUCAAUAAACACCGCGGGCAGAAGGACACACUGAACCUUGUGGACAGGGACUACGCGGCACUAGUUUACGACUCCUUAACAGACCCAAGCAGCAUGCUCCACCCAACGACAGAACUCCAUAUUUCACAGUAUGUAAAAGACGGCCAAGAGAAACUGCACGAGAGGCAGGAACUCUGGUGCUCUCUUAAAGAGGAGAGUGAGACUACCAGUUUGCCAGUUGUUCCCACGCCUGUUGCAGUUAACCUGCCUUUACAAGCCAAUAUUGAGGAAAUAGUUCAAGACCUCGUGGAGAAGCAGACGCCGAUGCAAAAGAAGAAGCAGACGCCGAUGCAAAAGAAGACACAGACAAAGACAUGUCUUUCCUGUGGCCAGCCCAAGUCCAGGCACGAGAAUGACGGUUCCUCCAUCCACUUCUUCUACCAGCAGGGCCCCGUCAGAUAUUUCUACUGCUCCACUAAAGUUUUCAAAGCGUAUGGUACUGAAGGUCUAAGAAACCCAAAGAUGCCAUUUAAUGACUUUGCUGAGACACCGUUCUUUCAGCGUGAACUAGACGCCACAAAGCAAAGGGUGGAGGAGAAAGGACAGCAAAAGAGGAAAAGGACCGACUUGCAGCCCGCGGGUCGCAGGUGUCGCUUCUGUAACAUGCAACUGAAGCAGGGCCCGAACAGUCCUCACAUCCACACUGGGUUCCCUGGAGUAUCAGGGAAGUACAUUUACUGCCCCGCUAAAGUCUGUUCCCUCUACAAAGAUCGGGGCAUGAAGAAGAAGAUGACCUGGAAAGAGUUCCAGGGUUGA